UGUUGAUGAAACUACUAUAUUCCAAAAGCCUAUAUACGCUGCUCUAUUAGAAAUGUACAAGGAAAAUAAUUUUUAUGAGCAAGUGUGUGAACAAGAACCUCCGAUGGACGAAGAAAGAAAAGGAAAAUUUGCCAAAAUUUGGAACUUAAUUACUGAUAGUGAAGUAUUUGAAUUGGGCUAUGAAUUUCUUCAUAAAAAUAGUCAGCUAUAAAAUUUGUAUAAAAUUAUUUUGAGGCAUUUUUAGAAAAAACCAAGAAAAGCUUUGAUGAAUUCCGUGAACGAAUGUUUGAUUUUUGGUUUGGGGCAUAUUCCCGGUGUGAGCAAGAUGUGGAUUCUGAACCUUUGGGAAGUUCAGGUGAAAACGUUUAAUUUUUAGCUGGAAUUUUUUAAUUUAUUCAAUUUACAUAUAUAAAUUAGGGUUAAUAACAUUAAAUAACAGAAUGGAUUUAAAAGAGUCGACUUUAAUUUAAAGGCUUAUAACUAGGGUUGUACAAAACAUGGAAAUUCAAGUAUUGUAUGCUGAUAUGACUUAAAGUGGGAAGCUCAAAAAGUGUGUUUUUACAAUGGUUCGAGCACUUUAUGACUUGGUUCUUAAUGCAUAUUUUUGAAUUUUUCGGCACAUUUUGACUAUUUUUUCUGCAUAUUUCAGUGCAAAUUUUGGGUUUUUCGCUC